AUGGGCAUCUCUGGCCUUCUACCGCUCCUCAAAUCGAUCCAGAAGCCAUGUAAUCUCAAGAAAUUCUCGGGCCAGACCAUUGGUGUGGAUGCCUAUGGCUGGCUACACCGAGGCACGGCUGCCUGUGCCAUUGAUCUGGCGCUAGACAAGCCAACGACCAAAUAUGUCGAUUUCGUCAUGAACCGUGUUCGCAUGCUCAUCCACUUUGGCGUCACGCCCUACCUCGUCUUCGACGGAGAUAACCUACCAAGCAAGGCCAGUACGGAGAAGGAUCGAAAAGAGAAGCGGAAGGAAGGCAAGCGAUUGGGUCUGGAACUACUCAAGGUUGGCAAAGUAGCUCAGGCGCACCUCGAACUACAGAAGAGCGUGGACGUGACACCAGAAAUGGCACGCAUGGUGAUCGAGGAACUCAAAACCAACAACAUCCAGUAUAUUGUUGCACCGUACGAGGCCGACUCUCAAAUGGCUUAUUUGGAGCGCAAGGGCAUCAUCAACGGUGUUCUGUCUGAGGACUCUGAUCUGUUGGUCUUUGGCGUCAAGUGCCUCCUCACCAAGCUGGACAAGUAUGGCGACUGCAUCGAAAUCAAUCGCAACCACUUCACCGCCUGUAGAGAAGUCAGCUUCGUAGGCUGGUCCGAUGCAGACUUUAGAAGGAUGGCCAUCCUGAGCGGCUGCGAUUAUCUACCUGGAAUAGGUGGAUUGGGCCUAAAGACUGCCCAUCGCAUGUUGCGAAAACACAAGACGGUUGAUCGUCUAGUCAAAGCCGCUCAAUUUGAUGGCAAGCUCAAAGUCCCUGCUGGAUUCCUGACCGAUUUUGAGCAGGCGGAGAAGACCUUUUUGUACUCCUGGGUAUUCUGUCCCAUUGCGAACCAGUUGGUCAAUUUGACGCCACUGGAAGACGGUAUCAAGGCUGCUGACAUGCCAUACAUCGGAGAGGAAGUGCCGGCACAUAUCGCCGUCGAAGUAGCCAAGGGCAAUUUGUACCCUCGAACCAAGCUUCCACUAACGGUUACCAACAAGUCUAAAUCUACUGGGAAACCGCUCAUACCUUCGCGACAGACAUCGGCGACCGUCCAGACUCCUGAUGGCAAAGCAUCGAAGCCCAUUGAUUCGUUCUUCAAACCCAAGCGCACACCGCUGGCAGAGCUUGAUCCGAACAUCUUCACACCAUCGCCUAGUCAACAAGUCCUGUUGGACCAGCAACGUAACACGAAUGGUUGGGCGGCGGUGCCUGCACCAGUGGCACGUUUACAACAGCAAUCAGUCCCACGCUCUGCACCGCAACCCCCAAGGCGCACAUUGACCGAUCCUACUGUCGGAAGGCGCUCAGUACCGAACCCGUCUAAGCGGCAGCGACUCUGUUCCGACUCAAUUACCAACACUACGGCCGCUGGCAGUGAAGCUAUUGUGCGCAGUCAAUUUUUUCAAUCUUCUUUGCCUGAGCCCAGUCCAUCUCUGCGUCCUAGUAAAAUGCGUAGGCGAAAAACUGGCCAGGAUUUUGAGCUCUUCUCCGACGACUCUUUUCAGGACGCUCUGGCCAAGGUAGCGGACCUUGAAGAGGCGGCGUCUCAGUCUGAUAAGAAGCUGCGCAUUUUCAGUGACACACAGUCUAGUACAAAGAGCGAUUUGCAGUCGACAGUGUUCUCUAGAAGGAGCACGGAGCAAUCUCAAGACACGACUGGUGCUUUGACGCCAGCUACAUCUCAUGGCAGUCCGGCACCGGAAGCUGAAGCAGAUAAGAUAUUCAGCGCUGCAACAUCAUACCAAAUGGAUGAAUUGCGCGCCAAGUUCACUUACAAGGAGACGGCGUCAACAUUAUCAAGCCCCAGAACAAAGCGAGUCGCUCUCUCUCCGUUGCGCCGGCGGCGUGCAGAAGCAUGGGCACCACGAUCUCCGCCUUUCGAGACCUCAACGACACCAUUACCUGAAGAUCUUCCACCGUCAGACGUGAGUUCCUUUGUGGAGGACGAGAGUCUGGAAAUAGCAGACUCUGCUUGGGCGGCAAUGGAAGCUAAAGUCGUGGUAGCUGCUAGCCCACCUCCAAUAACACCAUCGAAGAGACGGCGAUCUUCCCUCAAAGGAAGCGAGGACCUUCUCGUACCCGACAGCGAAGCAGAAAGCGAUUGCUCGCCACGAAAACCCAUGUUUAACCUGGCACAUUUUGCCUUUGCUGGCUAG